GUGCCGACAGCGGACACGCGGGCGGUCGGCGGCGCGGGGAGCGAACAGGGUUCGGUGUUGGGAGCCGCCGCAGUCGCAGGGGAGCGCGCCGGAGUGUCGCGCGCCCUGAGAGCCGCCCGGCAGCGCGGAGGAGACGGCGGCGGUGGCGGCGCGGGGAGGAGCGGGGCGGGGCCCGGAGAGUGAGUGACACCCCGAGGCGGGCGCCGGCUGAGCCGGGCUGGAGCUGGGCACGCAACUUCCACAGGACUGAGGAGCCGCCGCAGCCAGGAGACGCGACUGAGCGAGCCCGCGGGGUCCCGCGGCUGCCGCCCCGACCUCUUCAGGGAAGACCGGGCGGAGGAGGCGCCGGGGCCGCUGCGGAGCGAGUACGGAGCGGCUGAAGUUUAGACCUGCCGCGGGGCGGGGACGUGAAGCCGCAUCCAUCCCCCGGGCCAGGGAGCAUGAAAGUUCCGCUCCGGCCUCGCCGCUGCUUCCGGCUGCGUUUGGCGACAAGGCGCCACUGCCCACUGCGCUGAGAAGCGGCGGCGGUGGGUCCGUGCCGGGCCUGCGGGCUGGGAAGAGACGCCAGCAGCUCCACCGCUGGCCUCUGGGGAUCCCCUCAGAAAGUGCCUGUGGCUCUGACGCCCCCGGUUGGAAGUUCGCGAGGAACGAAACUUGAAAAUCGUGAAAAACACUGAAAACUGGAAUAAAAAAAAAAAGCUUCCCGAAAUCAGAGGAUCCUGCAAACACCCCUUCCCCGACUGCGUCACGAGCAGCCUCACAAGGGAAUCACUGGAGAUUUAAUUUUUUAAUGCAUUUGAAAGGAUUUUUGUUAGUGUGUUUCUUGGUUAAAGGCCUUGUAUUUCACCUUGCGGAGUUUGUUGGGGGAGAAGAACGGAGGGGAAAAACAUCUCCUUUCUGCUGGGUAGGGCUUGGAGGUGAAACGUUGGUGGCUACUUCUCCAGCUGGGCACUUCUCCCCACGCUACCCCUGACUUUGUAUGUGUGUGUUUUGUUUUUGGUAUUGAAGCAGUUUGAUUCUUUGCCUAAUAAACUUUUUCGUUCAAAUCCACAAUGGAGCCUGGCAAUAUGGACUAUUUCUGUGAUCAGGUGCAGCAGAAAGAUGUGAGUCGCAGAAUGCAAAUCGGCCAAGAGUUGCUGGAGUAUCUGGCUGAUCCAAGUAGAUCCACUGACCUCGAGCAGGAUCAACAGCGCCUCGAUAAAGUGAUUGACGAAUUAACAGGAUGGGUUAACUCUAGUAAUUUUAAGGUGGCGUUAGUUGGAUUAGAUGUCCUAGGUGCCUUUGUUGACAGACUAUCAGGACACUUUAAAUCCUAUGUACCAACUGUUCUUCUAGCAUUGAUUGAUCGAAUGGGAGAUGCCAAAGACCAAGUUCGAGAGCAAGCCCAGACUCUUAUAUUGAAAUUAAUGGACCAGGUUUCACCACCAAUGUGUAUUUGGGACCGUCUUGCUGUUGGUUUUAAACAUAAGAACUACCGAUCCCGAGAAGGAGUGUGUUUGUGUCUCGUUGCAACCUUAAAUAUUUAUGGUGCACAACCAUUAAUCCUCAGCAAGUUGGUACCACACUUAUGUAUCUUAUCUGGAGACUCCAAUAGUCAGGUGAGAGAUGCUGCAUUAUUGGCAAUUGUGGAGAUUUAUAGACAUGUAGGAGAGAAAGUAAGAGCUGACCUUAAUAAGAGGGGAAUUCCCUCUGCAAGGUUACAAACAAUAUUUGCAAAAUUUGAUGAAGUGAGAGACUCUGGAAAUAUGAUUUUAAGUAACAUCAGUGAUAAAAGCUUUGAUGAUGAGGAGUCAGUGGAUGGGAAUAGGCCAUCGUCAGCUGCCUCAGCUUUCAAGGUUCCUGCACCUAAAAAACUCGGGAAUCCUUCAAACAGUGCAAGAAAACCAGGUUCAGCUGGUGGGCCUAAGGUUGGAGGUGCAUCUAAAGAAGGAGGAGCUGGAGCUGUCGAUGAGGAUGAUUUCAUUAAGGCGUUUACAGAUGUUCCUUCUGUACAGAUCUAUUCUAGUCGAGAGCUUGAAGAAACAUUAAACAAAAUCAGGGAAAUUCUCUCAGAUGAUAAACAUGACUGGGAUCAGCGAGCCAGUGCGCUCAAGAAGGUUCGAUCGCUGCUUGUUGCUGGAGCUGCACAGUAUGACUGCUUUUUCCAGCAUCUACGGUUGUUGGAUGGAGCUUUUAAAUUAUCAGCUAAGGAUCUCAGAUCCCAGGUGGUUAGAGAAGCGUGCAUUACUGUAGCUCAUCUUUCAACAGUUUUGGGAAACAAGUUUGACCAUGGGGCUGAAGCCAUUGUGCCUACUCUUUUUAAUCUGGUCCCUAACAGCGCCAAAGUCAUGGCAACUUCUGGCUGUGCUGCAAUCAGAUUUGUCAUUCGUCAUACCCAUGUGCCCAGACUAAUACCUUUAAUAACAAGCAACUGUACUUCAAAAUCAGUUGCUGUCAGGAGACGCUCCUUUGAAUUUUUAGACCUGUUACUGCAGGAAUGGCAGACUCAUUCGUUGGAAAGGCAUGCAACUGUCUUGGUUGAAACCAUCAAGAAGGGCAUUCAUGAUGCUGAUGCUGAGGCAAGAGUGGAGGCAAGAAAGACUUACCUGGGUCUUAGAAGUCACUUUCCUGGAGAAGCAGAGGUCCUGUACAAUAACCUUGAGCCAUCCUAUCAAAGAAGUCUCCAGACUUACUUGAAGAAUUCUGGCAGUAUAGCAUCUCUCCCUCAGUCAGACAGGUCAUCUUCAAGUUCACAGGAGAGUCUCAAUCGUCCUUUAUCUUCUAAAUGGUCCACAGCCAGCCCAGCAAGUAUAGCUGGCAGAGUUUCAGGAAGUAGCAGCAAGACUGCUCCAAGUCCAGGAACACUGCAGAGGUCCCGCAGUGACAUUGAUGUUAAUGCUGCUGCAGGUGCAAAGGCACGGCAUGCUGCUGGACAGUCAACAGGAGCUGGGCGCUUGUCUGCUGCUGGUCUUCCUCCUGGAUCCUAUGCUUCACUAGAGGACACUUCUGACAAGAUGGAUGGAACAGCUUCUGAAGAUGGUCGUAUACGAACAAAGCUUUCAACACCGUCUGUUGGAAUUGGAAAUUCAAAGACAGAUUCUAGAGGACGUAGUCGAACGAAAGUUGUCUCUCAAUCUCAGCGUUCAUCAUCGCCAGACAAAAAUGAAGCUGGUAGUCGAUCUGGAUCUCCUGGAAGAGUUUUGACUACAACUGCACUUUCAACUAUGAACACAGGGGUUCAGAGAGUGUUAGUCAAUCCAGCAACAGCACAAAAACGGAGCAAGAUCCCACGAAGCCAAGGAUGCAGUAGAGAAGCAAGUCCUUCUAGAUUGUCAGUAGCACGAGGCAGCCGCAUUCCUCGACCUAGUGUGAGUCAGGGGUGCAGUCGGGAGGCCAGCCGUGAAAGUAGCAGGGACACAAGCCCUGUCCGCUCUUUUCCACCCCUUGCUUCCAGGCAUCACUCCAGAUCUACUGGUGCUCUCUACACCCCAGAAGUAUAUGGGGCUACAGGUACAGGGUUUGGGAUCAGUCAGUCAAGUAGAUUGUCAUCAUCAGUUAGUGCUAUGAGAGUUCUGAACACAGGUUCUGAUGUAGAAGAAGCAGUAGCAGAUGCACUGCUCUUAGGAGACAUACGGACUAAGAAAAAGCCUGUACGAAGGAGGUACGAAUCGUAUGGAAUGUACUCUGAUGAUGAUGCCAACAGUGAUGCAUCCAGUGCCUGUUCAGAAAGAUCAUACAGCUCUCGCAAUGGCAGCAUACCUACAUAUAUGCGGCAGACAGAAGAUGUGGCAGAGGUCCUCAAUCGCUGUGCUAGCUCCAACUGGUCAGAAAGAAAAGAAGGUCUUCUAGGUCUACAGAAUUUAUUAAAAAAUCAGAGGACUUUAAGUCGCGUUGAAUUAAAAAGAUUGUGUGAAAUCUUCACAAGGAUGUUUGCUGACCCUCAUAGCAAGGUAUGUUUUAUUUUUCUCUGUUGAUAUUCCUUUGUUUACUUGU